AUGUUCGGAACCACACCGCCAUCACUGUAUCAACACAUGCCGUCCGAAAGCGGCAACUCGUCCUUCAGCAUGAUUCAACAUGUUCGGCCGAAGACGCCUGGAGGUCAAAAACAUCCUCCUACUCCAGCUACAACUCCCGUGGCAGAACGGACUCUUUCCACCACUCCCACUGUCGUGGCAGACGAGACUCUUCCUCCCACGCCUGCUGAAACUCUCGUCAAUGAGACCCCGUCUACCACGCCGGAGGAGCCCGAGGAACCCAAGGAACCGUGCAUCUCUUUCGAAAAGGACUUCGACCCCACCGCCAACAUGCACGACCAAGCUCGUCGUCUCGUGCAAGACCGCCUCGCCCAAGGAUUUGCCCGAUCAAAACUCUUGAUCGAGCAACUCGUCCUCAGAGAGAAGGCGAGGGUCCGGCAGAUUCUCGAGCAUGACGAUCAUGAUGGACCGCUGUCUAGCGUCUGGAAAUAUGUACCUGAUGUGCAGUCGCAGGAGUUUUGCUUCUACACAACAAUCAUCUUCGUGCUGGAGCACAACCCCAUUUUGUCCACCACCCGCAGGGGAGUCCGUUCACGGCUCCCGACGACGGACCGCACCGGUGGCCAGCAGGAAACAUCACACUGCAUUCUGCAAUAG